GACGCAACAAAGUGCAGAAAAAAAGACAGAAAGUCCGAGCUCUGGUUGAAGGUGGUAAGAACCUCCCUGAUCAUUUAAAGUUGGUCAUAGUUGGUCCUCAGAGGUCGGGCAAGAGUUCAGCAGGAAAUAUUAUUCUAGGAAAAGAUGCAUUUGAUGUGAAUAAAAACUGUGAUAGUCCAAGAACAACACAAUGCGAAAUAGGUCACGGUGUGUUUGCAGAAAGACGACUUACAGUUGUAGAUUCUCCCGGCUGGUAUUGGAGAUACACCCUUCAGGACACCAGUGAGAUGAACAAACUUAAAAUGGAGAAUAGUUUGUACAUGUGUCCUCCAGGACCACAUGCAGUUCUCCUAGUGAUUGUUCUUGGAACUGCAAUUAAUGCAAAGUACCAGAGAUCACUUCAGGAUCACAUGAGUCUGUUUGGAGAUGAUGUUUGGAAGUACACAAUCAUUCUGUUUACAAGACCGGACUGGCUUGGAGUGAAGACUGUAGAGGAGAGGAUAGAGAGUGAUGAAGGGCUGCAGUGGCUGGUGAACAAAUGUGAGAACAGAUAUCAUGUCCUGAACAACCUGGAGCCCAAUAAUAGAGAACAAGUAAAGGUUCUCCUGGAGAAGAUUGAGGAGAUGUGGGCAGAAAAUGAUGAUCCUUAUUAUGAAGUUGACCAGAGAAGAGCAGCAGAAAUGGAGACUCUGAGAGAGGAUGCAGACAAAAGAGCCAAAAAGAUGAAGAAGAUCAUUGAAAGACAGUCAAGAGUACUGAAAGAAAUCUUUAAAGAGGAGAGACAGUCACUCAGUGAGCUCAGAGUUGUUCUGUUGGGUCAGAAAGGAUCAGGAAAAAGUGCUGCAGGAAAUCGGAUUCUGUUCAUGGAAAAAAUUGAAGACUUUAAGAAGGACAAUGAAGAUCAAAGAGUUUCUGUGAAACAUCAAGGAGAUUUUGAUGGAGUUAAAGUCUCAGUUGUUGAGGCUCCAGGCUGUUACAAAAACACAAAAGCUCCUGACUGGCUCAAACAUGAAGUUCAUCGUAGUGUUUCCAUGUGUGAUCCGGGGCCUCACACUUUUCUCCUGGUUGUUCCUGUUCACAAAUCAUUCACUGAAAAUGACCACAGAGAAUUUGUUGAGCUCCUGAAGCCCUUCACUGAGAAAGUGUGGGCACACUGCAUGGUUCUGUUCACACGGGGAGACUGGCUCGGUAAACACUCAAUAGAGGAUCACAUUGUCAGAGAAGGAAAAGCUCUUCAGGAGUUGUUGACAAAGUGUGAUAACAGAUACCAUGUUUUCUGCUGUGAUUGUUCUGAUAAUCCUGCACCAGUCAAAGAUCUGCUGCAAAAAGUUAUUGACAUCUCAACACGAAACAGGGGAUGUUUCUCACAUAAAGACAAACAAAAAAAGACAAGUUUUUUACCCUGGAAAAAAAAACAAUUAACGGUGACAGAGGAGUGGAAGAAGAGAGAACAGAUGCUGAUUGACAAAAUGAUGAGAGCUUUAGCAAAUGAACCAGAUAAAACAGGAAUACCAUCUGUUGAAGUGGCAAGAAGCAUGGACGAAUUUGUUAUUCCCAACAUGAGUGGAGAUGUAAUUUCUGAAUAUGGGAGCAUCUCAGGACUUCAAAGAGCACACAAGAAUGUUUCUGAAUGGCUGAAACAACGUACCAGAUUCUCUGAUGUUACCUCUGGGAUCUACAGCGUUUCUUCAGCAUCAAGUCAUGUGGAGGAGUUUCAUGAAAAUCCUUCAUUGGAUCUAAAAUAGCUGAACAUCGAUCCACUUACAGAAAAGAAAGAAAUCACAAAUUCAAGCUCCUUUCAAAACACAGCAAAUAUUCAGCGCAGACACUCAUUUUAGACAACAGACAUAGAACUGAAACUGAAAUACAGAACAGAAGAAACUUAAGAAUAAUCGGGAUCAAUUUUUAUUAGAUUCAUAUUAAAGUUAAUACAAAUUUACUCUAUAAAGCUGAUCAGAAGUUUUUAAACAAAUAGUAAAAUAGCUGUUCAUCUUUGUUUAUUGUCAUUAAUAGCAUUUAUUUUUUUAAUAGUUUUUCGUGUGGUAUUGCUUUUUAUCAUUUUAAUUAUAUAUUUGAGUGUUAGCUUUCUCUUAUAUAAUAUUUCUCAUCUUUCUUAAUGGUAUUUACUUGUACAUUGAUUUUGUUCUGCACCGUGCAUGCCUAUCUUAUAAAAAUGGCCUCAUGUUGAUUAUUUUCUAAUUUAAGGAUAUUAGGGUUGGUUUUAACAUAGACUGAUAUUUUGUACAGCUCUAAUGAUAAUCAAUAUUUUAAAGCAGGGGUCACCAACCUUUUUGAAACUGCGGGCUACUUCAUGGGU